CCGGAGACCAGUCAUGUCUCGGCGGUAUAAAAAGCUUUUUAACUUACAUAAUCAAAUCACAUCGAUCGUCGCGGCAACCACCGACGCACAUUAAAUUAAGAGAUGGCGUUGCAUAAGGUGUUGCUGUUGGUAGCCGCGGCGCAAUGUACAUUCGCUACAAAUCUCUUUAGAGCUCCCAGGCAAGCCCCUGGCAGUAUAUUCACCGUAGGCAACGGUGAACAAUGCUUGGGAUCUGACAGAAGUACCGGAGGAGUAUGUCUUUCGAGAAAUCAGUGUAACACUCAAGGAGGAAAGGCUAUUGGAUUUUGUGGUGUAUUUGCGACCUGCUGUUCACUAAACGCCUGCGACAUUAGAACGAACACAAAGGUUGCUAUUUUCAUCAACCCCCCACUGAGUAAAGAGUCUUCUGGCUUGGAAUGCUCCUACAAUGUGGAGAUUAACAAUAACAACGUUUGUCAAAUGAGAAUCGACUUUGAAACAUUCAACCUUGCACCACCAACAACGGUGGAUCCAGUAGAAAAUGUAACACACCGUCCAGGCUACACCUGCAGGAAUGACAUCUUCCAAGUGACCAACCUGCAGGCCAACUCUGACACCAUGCCCUCUCUAUGCGGUGACAAUAGUGGACAACAUUUAUACGUGCGAGUAAACGCGUCAACAAACAGCAAAUCUGUUCGUAUGAACUUCAAGAUCUCGGAUCGCGACACGCAGCCACAUCUCCCGCAAGCUACGUGGAAAAUCAAAGUCACACAACUGGAGUGCUUCAAUACCCUCGGCAAGUUCCGUGACGGUCUGUUUGAGGCGAUCACCUCCUCUCUACCUUCCACCCCGCUCACCUCCUCCGCGGACAGAGACGAGUACCUCAUAGCGCCCCCUGGUUGUCUGCAGUACUUCCCUGAUAGGUCUGGCGUGAUAGAAUCCUUCAACUACAACCGCGGUGAUGGACCUUACAUCGCCAAUCUUGCGUACGCCACGUGCUUUAAACGGACCCCAGAUGUUUGCGGCGUUAAAUUGACAGCUGCAAACUUCGAACUGGCUUACCGUGAUGACCAGAACAUGCAGGUAGACACCGACUGUCAAGUGAACCCUGUGACACAAGGGAUCUCACAGUCGGAAGACUAUCUUUUCAUACCCGAGGCUGAGACCGUAGAAGGACUUAGAGGGUCCAAGUUCUGCGGCACCAGUGCACAGAAUCAAAUCAUUGCUUCGGCUCCCCCCGGACCAGUAUACCUCCACUUCCACAGCGAUAAUCUGGUCACAGACGGAGUUCCCGAAUCCGGUUAUAGGUUUAACUACAAUGUGCUCAAUAAUUGUUACCUCAAGAAAAAAUAAACACUCUAAAAUAAGUCUGUAGUAGUUAUAUAUUUAUUAAAAAUUGUAGUCUAGAAU